AUGGGAAGCGAGCAGCCGCCAUCACGCUCAGCUGGGGUGACUCAGGGAAGGUCUGUAAUUGACUUGCCAGACGAGGAACCCAGGAUCAGCGAUACUGGGGUCAGCCACCAGCUGCACGAGGAGGUGGUGUUGAACUGUUCAUCUCCGAGGUCCCAACCUCCAGCUUCCCUCACCUUCUACGUCAACCAGGAGCUGGCUGAUCCGGGCUGGUUGAUUCUCUACCAGCCCCUGGAAGACCCUGAGUCGGGUCUAGAAACCUCGAUUCUUGGCCUGCGUUUUCCUCUACGGCCAAGACUACUGCAUCGAGGCAAAGUCUCCGUUAAAUGCACCGCCUCAAUCUUCAAUAUCUAUUUUAGGAGCACUGAAGCAUUUGUCCAGGCCGACAUUCCCUUCCACGCCUCCAUUAUGGAGGGCCGAGCUGCCGUAGGUCGAGGAUGUCCAGCAAGUGCGUCCAGUGUCUUAACCGUAAUGACGUCAGGUGUCCUGCUGCUCAUAAAUUAUUGAGAGCUUAUUGCAAAGCAUUUUGUAUCUUCGCAGUGGAAGACGCUAAUGACAGCUCUGAGGUAUAUUUCUCAGUUUCUGUGAGCCUCUCAGACGUUAUUCACAGGAGCUCCCUUUUUGUGAAGAGUCGUGGGCUGAUAUGUAGCCUGCACACUCUGAGGACUACAUGAGAUACAUGUGAAGAUUUACGUGAGUGUAUGUGUGUAUUUAAGGCUUGUGACACUUACAAGAACAAAGAUGUGUAUAUACAUUUGUGAGUGAUUUACAGAUGGUAACACUAGAGUCACGUCAACUUCAGUUUGGUUCUUUAGCAUAUAUAUAAAUUGCAUCCGAUAAAUCUUGAAGAUAAAAAUAUGUUAACUUUCAGAUGAACAUUUAUAUCUUAUCAGUCGACUGAUUUUUAACUGGAAAUUUAAUCAGAUCUUCAUAAUAAACUGAUCAUUGUCAUUAAUUUAAACAACAUCUCAAAUUCCGCAAAAGCUAUAACAGGACGAUUCUCCAGAACGGAAUUAAGAUUUGUUAUAAUGUUCAUCGUAUUUAAGCCCACAUGGACCUUGUCAUCCUGCAUCCUAAUAACGAGUUACUAGGAUCUCUAGUCAAAGGAAUCAUUUAAGCCCACAUGGACAUUGUCAUCCUGCAUCCUAAUAACGAGUUACUAGGAUCUCUAGUCAAAGAAAUCACUUGCUCUGACUGUCAAGAAUUUCUGAAAUAAUUUACUGUACCUUAAUUCUGACAAAUUGUUGAUUUCAGUUAUAUUUUUGCUUAAAACCUCUUCUAACUUGUGAUAUACUGUAAAUUUAGUUAUAUGUGUGAUAUAUAAUGAAUAUUCCAUUCCCUCGAAUCUAAUAGUCUUUCAUAUCAGUUCUUUUAACCCUUUUAUCAAGCUUUAAUGUUUUGGUAAAAAUUUGGC